GUCCCACACAAGUAUAUGUACAGGGACACCAACAUGUCGGCCAGCAAUGGUAAGUGUACACCUGUAACAUAUGAUAGGUGAUGUCCAACAGUGACUGUCCCACACAAGUACAGGUACAGGGACACCAACAUGUCGGCCAGCAGUGGUAAGUGUACACCUGUAACAUAUGAUAGGUGAUGUCCAACAGUGACUGUCCCACACAAGUACAGGUACACCAACAUGUCGGCCAUAGUGGUAAGUGUACACCUGUAACAUAUGAUAGGUGAUGUCCAACAGUGACUGUCCUACACAAGUACAGGUACAGGGGCACCAACAUGUCGGCCAGCAGUGGUAAGUGUACACCUGUAACAUAUGAUAGGUGAUGUCCAACAGUGACUGUCCCACACAAGUACAGGUACAGGGACACCAACAUGUCGGCCAGCAGUGAUAAAGACGCCAUGGAAUCCUUUAAGGAAGAGCUAGUCAGGCGGAUGAAGAAUACCAAGUUAUUUCCAUUUUAUGGACUGCUGGCGUUUUACUAUCUGACAUAUCUUCCAUUCUGGAACUAUCCUCCCGUCACCUUCUCAGCUGCAUUCUUCAAAGCACUUCCAAUCUGGAGUCUUGCAUUUUUCGUACGACAGAAUGCCGGUGUCCAACCAUCAGAUAUAUUCCCAAAGGACUAUUAUUCGAAGUUCGUCAUGCUAGGUUUGUUAAUAUCGAGCGUUGGCGACGCUUGUUUAGUAUCGAGAUACGCUCUCUUCAUACCAGGCAUGUUGGCCUUCAUGAUAGCGCAUGGCUGUUACCUGCUGGCUUUUGGGCCUAGCAAAGUUCCCGAGAGUAGAAUAAAGUCAUUGUAUGUCCUUGCUGGUGUGGCAUCCUUCUGCUUUAUAUCUGAUGCUAUCAACAGCUAUGUAAUGCAGGCGAUUGUGUUAUGCUACUUUGUGAUGAUAUUCAUUGUAGGAUGGAGAGCACAGGCGCGCUAUGAACACACACAAACAUACUCAGCCUUGUUUGGUUGUCUCGGAAUGCUGUUUUUCAUGUUUUCUGACUUCAUUAUAGCGACCGACAAAUGGAAAUCCUACGUGCCUUUUUCUGAAUUUAUUGUGCUGAGUUUUUACUACAUGGCCCAGUUUUGCAUUGCCAUAAGCACAGAAGUGGAUGAGCCGCUGGAACGAGAAUGAUUUCCAUAUGUGUAAUACUGACACAGAGAAAAUGUUUGUGGAAGGUGGGAGUGAGGAGUAGGAGUGAAAGAAGAAAAGUCCACGAGUACGUGAUGGUCUCUCACAUCUUCACCAAACCUAUGUUUUAUACAUAAAUAUAACAAAGAUGCACCAUCAGGAAAUUGUUGAUUAAAUAUCAACAACAUUUAUCCUGAAAUCAUAAUAUUGAUAUACUCUAAGUUUUCGUUUGAUUUUUUGAAGGUACUAUGUAAUAUUAAUAUUUAACUGGAGGGAUAAAUGGUGAUAGCUUAACUCCUAUUUGUGGAUAAGAGACAAAAUACUGUGUCAUAAUAGAAAGUUGUGUAGAGUAUGUGAGAUUCCUAAAUGCAUGGACGUUUCGCGAAAGCCACUCGAAAAUGUUCGUGCUUAACAUGUGCUGAAGCGUUUUUGUUGACUUUGUUGCUGUAAGAAACGUGCCCCAUUAUACAAACUCCUCAGUAGCGGCUCCAACCUGUACUUAUGUUUAACGGAUACUUUACAUUAACCACAGGCUAUUCAGUAAUAAAAUGAUAAUCUGCUUUGAUGUCUUGGAAGCUUAAUGGGGACAAAAUAACAACGUUAGAUUUCCUGUGUUGUGGACUACUAUUUGUCUUGCUUUACCGAAUUGCUAAAGUAUUAAUAUCACAUAUACGUUGAAAGCAUGCCAUCUUGUUCAUCAGAAUGUGAGUGCCUGAAGCUAAAAUAGUAUUAAAACGUAACUGGUUUUGACGGU